AGAAGAGCGGUUGUAAACAAACCAGGAACAACAACAUCGGAGGAAGACGAACGCAGGAGUUGAUUAAGUCAUUGCUGUGGAAUUUCGUGUUAAACAGCUAACCAGCUGAUCAUGGAGUUGAAUUGUGGCUUGAAGGAAGAAGAAUUUGAAGAGGAUAUUUGUCCAAGACAGGAAAUAAAAAGGGAAGAAGAGUCUCAUGACAUCAAACAGGAAGAUUCUACAGAUUUGAAUUGUGGCUUGAGGGAAGAAGAGUUUGAAGAGGAUAUUUUCCCAAGACAGGAAAUAAAAAGAGAAGAAGAGCCUCAUGACAUCACACAAGACACUUCUACAGCGGAGAUCUCCAUAACAUUAGAAGAGGAGGAGGAGGGGGAGCAGGAGGAUGACAGAGGAAUGUGGACUUCAGAGGACGGUGAAGAGGAACCUCACCAAAAUGUCUCUACUCAUACAGGUGGCCUACAGAGGAUGCCAUCAAAGAAAACGAGCAAAAUGUUAAAGAAAAGAAGAGGACAACUGUCUUGUGAUUAUUCUGAGUAUAUAAGGACUUUUAAUGAAAUGCAACCUAUCAAAGCACACCAGAGAACAGUCAAACCUUUCAAGUGCAUGAAAUGUUGGACACCGUUUAAAUAUAAAUGUAAUUUAUUGGUACACCAAAAAACUCACAUUUUGAAGAAGCCUUUAAAGUCUAUGACCAGUAGAAAGGCCAUUGGAGCACAUGGUUUCAAGCCAUGUCAGUGUACUACAUGUGGAAAGUCAUUUGCAUGCAGAUGGACCCUCAAAAUUCACCAGAGAAUUCAUACUGCAGAAAAGCCUUAUCAGUGUAGCAUUUGUGGAAAAGCCUUUGCAGCCAUACUUGGUCUCCAAAAGCAUCUUAGAACCCAUACUGGAGAAAGGUCUUACCAGUGCACCACAUUUGGAAAAGGCUUUUCACAGUCAGGAAACGUAAAGGCUCAUCAGAGAACCCAUACUGGAGAAAAACCUUACCAGUGUAGCACAUGUGGAAAGGGAUUUGCACGUAAAGGACAUUUGUACAGGCACCAGAGAACCCAUAGUAGACAGAAGCCAUAUCAGUGUAGCCCUUGUGGAAAGAGAUUUACACACAAAGGCAGUCUCAAUCGCCAUCAGAUAAUCCAUAAUAUAAAACCUUAUCAGUGUAGCACUUGUAGAAGGAGAUUUACACAUCAAGCCAGUCUCAUUUGCCAUCAGAUAAUCCAUACUGGGGAAAAACCUUACCAGUGUAGCAUAUGUGGAAAGUCUUUCAAAACUAACUGGCAUCUAAGAGAUCACCAGAAAACCCAUACUGGAGAAAGGCCUUACCAGUGUAGCACAUGUGGAAAGGCCUAUGCAGACAGAAUUUCUUUCAAAAGUCACCAGAGAUCCCAUACUGGAGAAAAGCCUUACCAGUGUAUCUUAUGUGGAAAGACGUUUGCCAAGUCAAUAUAUCUCAAAAAGCAUCAGAGAACUCACACUGGUGAAAAACCUUGUCAGUGCACCAUAUGUGGACAGAGAUUUGUAGAAAAAAGUACACUAAAUCGCCACCAGAGAAUCCAUACUGGGGAAAAGCCUUACAAAUGUACCACAUGUGAAAGGGCCUUUACACGCAUAUCAGGUCUCAAAGCCCACCAGAGAAGUCAUACUAGAGAAGAGCGAUUUAUUUGUCCAUUAUGUGGACAGGCCUGUUUAUCUGCAGGGCAUCUCAAAAUGCAUCUGAGUACUCAUCCUGGGGAAACGGUAUACCUGUGCAGCAUAUGUGGAAAGGGUUAUGCAUUCAAAAGCGUACUAGCUCGCCAUCAGAUGACCCAUACUGGAGAAAGACCAUACCAGUGCACCACAUGUGGAAAGGCCUUUGCACUGAAAGAUCGUCUCAAAAGUCACCAGAGAAUCCACACUGGAGAAAAGCCAUUCCAUUGUACUACGUGUGGAAAGGCCUUUGGACGAAGCAGUGAUCGCAAUCUCCACCAGAAAAUUCAUACUAGAGAAAGGCCUUAA